GGUGCAUUAGUGAAGGAGACAGAGGAGACAGAAGAGAAGUUUAUUCACAUCACGGAUAUACAGUUUUAACACAUUUGCUCUCAGGAAGCUUGUUAAUCAUACAUUUGAGUCUCACAUAGGAGUUGUAUGAGCAUGAUUAACCUGCUGAAGAAGAUCUGAGGAUUUCCCAUAGACACCGAGACACAGUUAUCCAAAGUUCAUCUCCUGAAGGUCAAAGGUCACAUCAUUAUGAGUCGCACAUGGCUAAGAGGACUUGCUCUGGUUUUUUUAUCCCAGAGCGCUUUCUCCAUGACUCUCUUUAAUGCCACGGAGCUGAGCUCUCUCUUGGAAAAAUAUGCCGAUGAAAGCGGAGCAAAACCCAGAGGGAAGCGGGCAAUCAGUGGCAUCGAUAAACAGGCCAUCCUGGACCUGCACAACAAACUCCGAGGUCAAGUUUAUCCAACUGCAUCCAAUAUGGAAUACAUGGUCUGGGAUAGUGAAUUGGAGAGAUCUGCUGAGGAAUGGGCUGAGACAUGUUUAUGGGAACAUGGACCACAAGGUUUGCUUAAUUACAUCGGCCAGAACCUAGGAGUUCACUGGGGAAGGUAUCGCCCUCCUACAUCUCAUGUUCAGGCAUGGUACGAUGAAGUUAAAGAUUAUUCCUUCCCAUAUCCUCAAGAAUGUAAUCCUUAUUGUCCGUUCAGAUGUACAGGGCCGGUGUGUACUCACUACACACAGCUUGUUUGGGCAACCAGCAGCCGGAUCGGUUGUGCUGUUAACGUGUGCUAUGAUAUGAACGUCUGGGGACAAAUCUGGACAAAGGCUGUUUAUUUGGUCUGCAAUUAUUCACCAAAGGGGAACUGGUGGGGAAGUGCUCCAUAUAAACAUGGUACACCGUGCUCAGCCUGUCCACCCAGCUAUGGAGGAGUAUGUAAAGACAAUCUGUGCUACAAAGAAGACAAUCAAUACUAUUACGAGGAGACCGAGGAAGACAACAUCAUCGAACCCGAAGCUCCGAUCACCACAAGACGCCCUGACACACACACUCACACACACAGCGUCACCGUUGUGAGCACCGAACAGAUGUCACAACUUGUAACAUGUGACACGAAACUUCGAGACCAGUGUAAAGGCACGACGUGUAACAGGUAUGAAUGUCCAGCUGGAUGUUUGGGCAGGUCUGCAAAAGUGAUCGGAACAGUGUAUUAUGAAAUGCAUUCUAGCAUCUGCCGAUCCGCCCUUCAUUACGGAGUGAUUGAUAACAACGGAGGCUGGUUGGAUGUCACGAGAAAGGGCAGGCAGGAGUUUUUCAUCAAAUCAUACAAAAACGGAGUUCAGUCUCUUGGGAAAUAUUACAGCGCCAACGCCUUCGUCGUGUCCAAAGUGUCCAUACAAGUUAUUAACUGUGAGACUACAGUGUCUACGUUGUGCCCAUUUGAAAGCCCAGUUAAACACUGUCCCAGAAUUUACUGUCCGCAUAACUGUCUGCAAGAACAUCCUCAUGUCUCCAGAGUUAUUGGGACCAGAAUGUAUUCAGAUAAAUCCAGUAUCUGCAGAUCAGCCAUUCACGCCGGCGUGAUAAAGAACGAACAGGGCGGCUACAUUGACGUGAUGCCAGUGGAAAACAGGCUGUACUACUACGGCUCCUAUCAAAACAACGUUUUGUCCGAGAGUAUGCAGAACCCUCCAGGAGGUAAAGCUUUCCGUGUGUUUGCAGUCAUUUGAAAGCAUCCCAAACCUGAGUCCCCUUUUUGUUCACACAAGUGAUUACUGAGCUAAGUACAGUUAGAAGGUGGAGAAGAACCAGGAGAUCUGUACAUAUUUGCUAUAUUUUCUUCUGUUUGUUUUGCGGAUGUUAUAUGCAAUGUUUUGUCUUUGUGAUGUUUUCAUCUUGAAUUUGUAGCAUUUUAGAGGACAAUACAACGUAUAUAAUAUCCAAAUGUCCAAAGUCUGUGUGCAUUACUACAAUGCUUUUCUCAUUUAGCUUGACACCUGAAAGCAGAACAUUUAGAAUUUUAACAUAUUCAUAUUCAAUUUCACACAGUUUAACUGCAAUGACAUUUUUUUAAUAAUAGUAAUAUUCGAUAACUAUCAAUUGUCAUAUAUAAGUGUGUGAAGUACUUAGUAGUGCACUCAGACUUUUGGACCCAACUUUAUAUAACAUCGAGUCAUGGAAAGCAUUAUUUGGCUUACUGGAGUUUAAUUCUUACCCACACUGAGAAAAUGAGACAUGAAAAGGAAAUCCAUCUAUAACCGAGCAGUAUGUUGGACAUGUUGGAUAACCGAUUUAGAGAUGCAGGUUGAUAAGAUGGAUAUAAGGUGGAUGCAGGUGGAUAAGAUGAAGUUUAAUGUCCAGGUUUCCAUGUUUAACAAAAGAAAAAAAAAAAAAAAAAAAAAAAACCCAGAACAACACAAAGUACAUGACUUUGCACCUAAAAUAUUCUGAGCAACAGAAAAUGCUUUUUGAAAGAAAAAAAAGUCAGUUUUAUUUUAAAUGACAGUUUUAUCAACAUCAAAUUAAGAUAUAGUUUAAAAUGUGUAUUAAUAGGAUAAUAUAUGUAGCAUAAGAAUGGAAAAAAAUCUAAAUAAACAGCCUACAGUUGUAUCAUUUAUAUUUGAACUGUUUGGCUUAAUUUAUCAGACUGGGUUUAUUACUUAGCUGCCAUCCUAGUAAAGUUCCUUGGGUAAAAGUAUCAACAGUUAAAUUUACUCUGUUCUAUUUUUAAGAGUAUAAGUAAAGGACCAAACUAGCCAAUAUUAAUAAUCCAGUCUUUCAUUUUUAACUUUUCAGAAUGAAUGCUAAUAUGGCCUUGAAAAAUAUUUACAAAAAUUUUUUUUUCUUUUUUUUUUUUUGCUUUUUUGAUUGAUUUGAUCAGACUGCCUUUGCUCAAUAAUAAGCAAAGUUCUGCACAGUUUCAUUAUAAUUUGAUGUGAAUUUCAUUUGAAAUUAUAGCAGCUAAGCAAAAGAAAUUUUAGGGAAAACAAUUUAGAAGUUAUUUUAAUGGUCAAAAUGAAUUGUAAGCAAUAAAUAGCAUGUUGUUUUUCCUCUUGUAGAUUUACUUGAGGUUUCAUUAAUAAUACUUGAACAAAGUAUAAAUUUAUACUAGCACUUAAUUCCAGUAAUAAAAUAAAGUAAUUAUGAAAAAUAAAUAAUUCAAGUCCACCCUCGUUCAGUUGACCCUUUCAAAGGCACUGUUUAAACAACAUAAAGAAAAUGAGAUACUUGCAGAUGAAAACUAUGAACAAUAUAUAUUUUUUUACUUCAUAGUCUCUUAGCAUAUUUGAUAUUGCUAUGAAAUAGCACUAUAGCUUUGUGUCUGUACAUUACUCAAAAUACGUAAUUUAGCAGGAAUUAUACAAAUAGCAGGAAAGUGACACAGGAUGUAAUAAGAGCCUCGGUUAGAAAAGAUAUCUAUUUCCAUAUUAACAUCUCUCUACAUUGUGCUCUUAACUCUCAACUCUGCAUAUUAAUUACGAAUAUAUAAUAAUAUCUGUUUAUACUGUUUCAAUAUGCACUCCAGUCUUCAGUCAUUUUGAACUUCUGCCUUUGUAAAAGGAAAUCAGAGCUACCUGAUGAGUCAAUAGUCUCAAUCCGUUAGAUUGUACUAUGGAGGAUGUCAGCUGUGACGUCCCCCAAUUAUGGCACAUGUUUAGUUCUCAAAAAAAUGUUUUGAAGUUUUUGUAUUUUUGUCAUUAUGUAUUUUUAUAUCAAUACAGCUGCUAAGUACUUUUUUCUUUAUACCUGAGGUAUUGUAAAUUAGAAUAAUGUUUAUAUUCCUGCAGAGCAGGAAACUAUAUUUCAAUAA